CCAAGUAGACUGCGCCGGCUGUAUAAAGCGCAAUUUCAUCCUUAAGCCAAGGUCUUUGCCGCUGUAACUGCUGAACGGCUAUAAAUCUAAUCCUCGGCCCGCGAUAAUGGUGAACGUGCCUAAGACAAAGAAGACCUACUGCAAAUCCAAGGAGUGCAAAAAGCACACCUUGCAUAAGGUCACACAAUACAAGAAAGGAAAAGAUAGCCUAGCUGCCCAGGGAAAGCGUCGUUAUGAUCGCAAGCAGUCAGGUUAUGGUGGACAGACAAAGCCCGUCUUCCACAAAAAGGCAAAAACUACAAAGAAGAUUGUCUUAAGGUUGCAAUGCCAGGGGUGCAAGCAUGUCUCUCAGCACCCAAUCAAGAGGUGCAAGCAUUUUGAGAUUGGUGGGGACAAGAAAGGAAAGGGAACCUCUCUUUUCUAAAUUGCCUGUGAUGCAAACUUUGAUAGUUUUCUGUUAUACGUUUUUAGAUUUUGUUUUUUGUUUUUUUUUUUUUUUUUUUUUUUUUUUUUUUUUUUGCUUUCUUCGUGUAGUUCAAGAGCUUUUGUUUUCUAAGAUUGAAGUUAAAUACUAUGUUGUGCUAAUUACAUUUUGAUCAGGAGAUCAAAGUUGUACUUUUCAAGUUUCUAUUUA